GAGAGAGAGAGGAGAGAGAGAGAGAGAGAGAGAGAGAGAGGCAGAAGGAAGGAAGGAAUGAAGGCGAAUCGCCUGAACAUGAAGCCGUGACGGAACACCUCAGCGCUUUAGUGUUUUUUGCCGUGUUGCUAAAGCUGCUGCUAAUGUAGUUCUGGACAGAUGCGGAAAGCAGGAAUGGUGUAUUUUAUCCCGUUUUCCGCGGCCAGAUAAUGUCCUCAUGCCCACGCGAGCACUUGGGGUCACUACAGUCAUCUCGCUUCAACAAACAAAAUGCAAAUUUCGGAUAUGAGAAUGGACGGAAGAAUGGAAGCGUUUUUCUGUGAGACAGUGGAGAAGAUGAACAGCCAGAGGCUUGAUUCAGCAACCAGCCCUUAAGCAAGUUUUCUGGAUUUUCUACACCAUGAGGAAACAGACUCGACACAUCUUGCUGGCCUGCGUGGUCUUCAGCUCCAUCACCAUCUUUUAUCUCAGCCUCAGUGCCAUGGAAUGCCCAAACUCCCAAUCUAGGACCAGUGCUUGGGCCGCAUGGGCAGCUAGCCAGCGUUUGGGCAAGAAUCUCAGCUCCUCUGUGCCUGUUCCUAUAGAAUACAGUGAAGACACUCCCCUGAUUUUUGUUGGAGGUGUCCCUCGUAGUGGCACUACUUUAAUGCGGGCCAUGCUGGACGCCCACCCUGAGGUGCGCUGUGGAGAGGAGACGCGCGUCAUCCCCCGUUUGUUAGCCAUGCAAGCUAGCUGGAGCCGUUCAUCUCGUGAGAGGACUCGCUUGAUCGAGGCCGGAGUCACAGACGAAGUCCUGGACUCCGCUGUCCGGUCCUUCCUCCUGGAGAUCAUUGUGGGUCAUGGCGAACCUGCACCACGUCUCUGUAACAAGGACCCUUUUGCUCUGAAGUCUCUCGGGUACCUCUCCAGACUCUUUCCGCAUGCUAAAUUUGUGCUGAUGCUGCGUGACGGCCGGGCCACCGUUCAUUCCAUGAUAUCACGCAAAGUGACCAUCACAGGGUUUGACCUGACGAGUUACCGGGACUGUCUGGUGAAAUGGAACCGAGCCGUGGAGGUCAUGUAUGAACAAUGCCAAUCUGCGGCAGGGGGAAGCUGUCUGCCUGUGCACUAUGAACAGCUGGUGUUAAAUCCAGAGGAAGUGAUGAGAAAGCUCCUUCAGUUCCUGGAGCUGCCCUGGGACCAGACAGUACUGCACCACGAGCAGCUGAUUGGGAAAGCUGGAGGAGUGUCUCUGUCCAAGUUGGAACGGUCAACUGACCAAGUAUUCAACCCGGUGAACACAAAAGCUCUGUCUAAGUGGGUGGGACACAUUCCUGACGAUGUCGUGAAGGACAUGGCUAGCAUAGCGCCCAUGCUGAAGCGCCUAGGUUACGACCCUUUGGCUAACCCUCCAGACUAUGGCAAGCCUGCGAUAUUUUCUCAGCGCAACACACAUCGGCACAAAGGAGAUGAAGAAAGGACAGAUGUUGAUCAUCCUAGUUAAUCCACAAUCUUGAGUCGUGUUUGACGCAUGAGUGAAGUCCAUCUUUAAGCUUUAUAUUUUGGUGAAAUUUACAGAAUUCUUGAGCAUCUAGCAUUUGACUGGACUUUUUGUGGCUUGACGCCUCACCAUCACCAGCUUUUUCCCAUUUCUGAUACAGACUAUUUCCCAUAUGUGAUAUGAACUACGAAAAGCAUCACUAUUCAUUUGUUGUAGUGUCUGUCAAAGAAAAUAAAUAUUUAUUUUAAAAAUAA